GUUAAACUUCAAUGAGAGCUGGUCGUUCACCUUAACAUUUCGUCUUCCCUGUUGUUUCACCUCUAAGCACGAAAAGAACAUUUUUCAUCGGGAUAUCAAAGCGGAUAACAUCCUUUUCACAAGUCGAGCUCCUGGUGUUGCAGCGAACCCUCACACUGCAGCUACCUACCCACCAGAAGGUCAUCAUGUGGCCCGAGCCAGAAAAGUUAGACCCCCUAUUCGUCGGUGGCUUCGAGUACGGUCUCGAGAUGUACACAUUAAUCAACGUUCUCUGUCCGAAAGCAGUCGAGUUCCCCGACAGGCUGGUUCCUGGGGAACCUCAUCAGGAUUGGCAGAACGCGAAAGACGAGACGUUCGCGAGAAAAGCUCACCAUGGAGUAGCAAGUCUCGCCCCAAGAAAGAAGGAACCGUUCAUGAACUUUCACUUACAGAUCGAGCCCUGAGUCCCGAAGACUAUCGUGUCAAACUGGCGGACUUUGGGUUCAGUAGACUGGCGAUGAGUUCAGAUCAGCCUCUGACUACAUUUUGUGGAUCACCGGCCUACGCAGCCCCAGAGUUGUUUGAAGCACAAAACUAUCAAGGAGGUCCCGUGGAUAUAUGGGCAUUGGGUAUCGUCUUGUUCUUUCUCCUUACCGGACUGCUUCCUUACCGUGGCUCUACUGUCGGACAAGUUCGGCGGUUGGUGCUGGAAAAUCGUGGAUCACAACCUCCGGCUUGGUUGUCCCCGGCUGCUACGGCACUGUACUCACGAUUAACGGCCAGACUACCCAGCGAACGACCAACCGUCUCUCAGCUAAUUGAAUUUGCUGGACAAAUGGGCUCGGGUUCAAGAGAUGCAGGCUUGGGCGGUGGCGAUCAAUUUGGUGCGACCACUAUGGUGGAGGCAAGAGAAAUGUUGUGGGCCAAAUGGCUACACGGUCAAUCAUUCCCAAAAGCACUGCCAAGAUUCAACCGAUGCGCGCCACUUCUUUCCAGUAUGAAAGAAAAUGCAUCUAAAAGAUUGGACGCCGCUUCGCACACGGGGAUUACAGUCGUCAAAGAUCGUGGCAGUUCCCCAUCAGUCCAGCAACCAAGUCAGUCAUAUUCAAGCAUCAAGUCUGUCAAUCCAAGCCUGUUCAGCCUCAACACACAAGAAAGCGAAGUGAGCAGCAGCAGUGGCAGCAACAACAGCGGGAACAGGGAAUCUUUCAUUGAAAAAAAGAAGGCCAGUCUGCCCGUGGCUCCAACUAAGAGGCCAUCAUCGGAGGAAAUCGAACUGGAGGCGGCUCGUCUUCUAAUGAAAUUGGGAGUUACUCGGGAAGAAGUGGCUGCUGCCAAGAACAUGGAGGCGCGCAGUGCAGUGACUGGUGCCUAUCGAAUAAUCUUGCACCGGCUCCAUAA